AUGGAUUAAAUUGAAAUUGAAAUAAAGGAGAUGGAUGCAUUAUAUUUUGACAAAGAAUAUGCAAGUUAUCAUCCUUCUAAUAAUGAACUAUUAUAAAAGGACAUCCAUGAAUAUUAACAUUUUUAAAAUGUGAUCGCAUGCUUUUAUAAUUAUACAAAUGAUAUGAAAGUAGAACUUUAAAGAAUAAAAACACAUUUUGAAACACUUAAACCUGAACAAAGAAAUAAAUUAUUAAUGAAUUAUUAAGAAAGAAUAAAAAAAUUAGAUUAUUGCAUAAAAAAAAAUGCCCAUUUUUGUUUCUUGAUAGUUGCAGCUUAUGUCGAUAUGUUUCCAGAGAUGGAUUUAAGUCAAGUAACAUAUAUAUCAGAGCUACCAUAUUUUCCUCAUGCUUAACAUGGCGAUAUUUCAAAACUAAGAAUAACUUUAAAAUAAUUUUAUAGAGGUAAAAUUUAUAGAAAUUAAUUCCAGAUUGGAGUAUUCAAGGUUAAGUAGAAAGAGAUUAAUCUUAUAAACCUAUUAUUGAUUGCUUAUAAUAAUAUUAUCCAGAUGCAAAAACUUAAGAUAAGAAAUAUUAGGUACUUUUACCUGGAGCAGGAUUAGGAAGACUUGUAUUUGAAUUGGCAAGUCGAGGCUUUGCUGCUUAAGGAAAUGAAUUCUCAUAUUUUAUGCUUUUAAGUUCUCAUUUUAUUAUCAAUCUCACUUAAAAAAAAAACUAAUAUGAAUUAUAUCCAUUUGCCAAUAAUUUUUGUAAUCGAUUAAGGUAGUUUUAUGAGUUAACUUUAGUGAAAAUGACUAAUUUGAAUUAGUUUAAAUACCUGAUGUAGUUCCAGCAGAAGUUUUAACUGAAAAUGAUCAAAUGUCAUUUGUAGCAGGGGAAUUUAUUACUGUGUAUCAUCAAGAGAAAUACUUCAAUUUUUGGGAUAGUAUAAUUACUUGCUUCUUCAUUGACACAGCAAAUAAUGUUUUAGAUUAUAUAGAUACAAUCUAUGAGAUUUUGAAGCCUAAAGGCUGUUGGAUUAAUUUUGGGCCUUUGGAAUAUCAUUUUGCUAAUUAGUUCUCAGAAACAAGUAUUGAAUUAAGUUUUGAAGAUUUAAAACAUUAUAUGAAAUAGAAAGGUUUUGAGAUAUAAUUAGAAUAAAUGAAAGAAUCAACUUAUAAUCAUUCAAAAUUAGAUUAAAAAUACUUAAUGUAUAAUUGUAUAUUUUUUAUGGCUGUUAAGAAGUGA